AGGUAUCAUCUCCUUCACAGCUGGAACUGCCUACCCCUCUCCUGGCAUUUGGAGCCUCUGGGGAGGGGAGAUGGAGUUUCUGCCGCCACCCUGGCAGGAUGGGGCAACGGUGUGCGGUAGGAGGAUGAGGUUGAUUCCCUUUCCUGCAGGGCUGGGCUUGUGGGUUAGGACAGUCACCAAGAGGCUCCUCCUAGGCCUCCGUGACCUCUGGAUCCCCAAGAAAGGAAGGAAGCAGCCACCCUCGCCAUGGCCUCCCCGCCCGCCUGCCCCUCGGAGGAGGACGAGAGCCUGAAGGGCUGUGAGCUGUAUGUGCAGCUGCACGGGAUCCAGCAGGUCCUCAAAGACUGUAUCGUCCACCUCUGCAUCUCCAAGCCCGAACGCCCCAUGAAGUUCCUCCGGGAGCACUUCGAGAAGCUGGAGAAGGAAGAAAACAGGCAGAUUUUGGCGCGGCAGAAGUCAAACUCACAGUCGGACUCCCAUGAUGAGGAGGUGUCGCCCACCCCCCCGAACCCUGUGGUGAAGGCCCGCCGCCGGCGAGGAGGCGUGAGCGCUGAGGUGUACACCGAGGAGGACGCCGUGUCCUACGUCAGGAAGGUGAUUCCCAAGGACUACAAAACCAUGACUGCGCUGGCCAAGGCCAUCUCCAAGAACGUGCUCUUCGCUCACCUGGAUGACAACGAGAGGAGUGACAUAUUCGAUGCCAUGUUCCCUGUCACUCACAUCGCUGGGGAGACCGUUAUACAGCAAGGGAAUGAAGGAGACAACUUCUAUGUCAUUGAUCAAGGGGAAGUGGAUGUGUACGUGAAUGGAGAGUGGGUGACCAACAUCAGCGAGGGAGGCAGCUUCGGGGAGCUGGCGCUCAUCUACGGCACCCCCAGGGCUGCGACCGUGAAAGCCAAGACGGACCUCAAGCUCUGGGGGAUCGACCGGGACAGCUACCGGCGCAUCCUUAUGGGCAGCACGCUGAGGAAACGCAAGAUGUACGAGGAGUUCCUCAGCAAGGUCUCCAUCCUAGAGUCCCUGGAGAAGUGGGAGCGUCUGACCGUGGCGGAUGCGCUGGAGCCCGUCCAGUUUGAAGAUGGAGAGAAAAUUGUGGUCCAGGGAGAGCCUGGGGACGACUUUUACAUCAUCACGGAGGGCACCGCGUCCGUGCUGCAGCGCCGGUCCCCCAAUGAGGAGUACGUGGAGGUGGGGCGCCUGGGACCCUCUGACUACUUCGGGGAGAUUGCGCUGCUGCUGAACCGGCCCCGGGCGGCCACCGUCGUGGCCCGGGGGCCCCUCAAGUGUGUGAAGCUGGACCGGCCCCGCUUCGAGCGUGUGCUGGGGCCCUGCUCUGAGAUCCUCAAGAGGAACAUUCAGCGUUACAACAGCUUCAUCUCCCUCACCGUCUGAGCACAGCUCCCGCCCUGCAGCCCCAGCUCCCCAGUGUGGUGGCCGUGCCCUGCUCGUCUGUGUCGGGGGCCUGGGAGCCGCUGUGUGAGGUGUGGGCCGGGUGGGGCUGGGUCCCGGCAGCGUGAGGACUGCCCCUUCCCCGGACUCACUUUUUGGAAUAAAUGAUCACCUUGUGCAUUUCCAAAUCAAAGGACAAGCGGACAAAACGCAUCCCAAGAUCAAGGAAGGGACAGGCCAGCUUCCUCCCCACACGCCUCCCCGGCCGCCUCUGCGGGCUUGUCCUGGGGGGCCCACCCCACCCCUGCCAGUCUCCUGGAGAUGCUUGAGGAUCGGUCCUCCCCAGAACCAGGCCAGGACGUUGCCCCUGGGGCCUGGCGACCCUGCGAGGUCAGGUCCCCCAGAUUGAGGUCCGAGUGUGGGCAAGUGUGUCAAAAGGGGCUGCCCCCCAGGGGAGAUGAGGCUGAGAGCAGGGAGUCGAGGCUGAAGAAGUCAAGGCCCCUCCCGCAAAUGUGUUCCCCUGCCCACGCCAUUGCACCCCACCACACCCCCACCUCCCCCCGGGGGCCCUGCUGUGGAUGCCGGAGUGGGAGAGUCUCUGGGCUGUGAGAUUGAUCUUGCCCCUAACUGGAGAGGAAGCCGGGCGCCAAGACACACAGGGCUCCUGCCUUGGGAGCCAGGGCCGCGGCCGCAGGUAGACCCCAGUAGGGGGGCCGGGCUCGAAGUUCCGUUGGGAGGGGCUGGCGGGACUCCAGCAGGCCGUCCUCAGCUUCCUUGGAAAGUCCACCCAGGGCAAGUUGAUGUUAGGGAAAAACAGAAGUCAAGCCAGCCGCGAGCCCCACACCUGACCCGCUCAACCGACUUGUCCCUUAAAUGUGUCUUGGGUCCCGCAGUGAUGACGUGAGCCAGCCAGGCCCGAAGGGGUGAGGCCAGUGCAGAGAAGCUUCCCAGGGGAUUCCUGGGUUCCCCGAAAGACAAGUGAGGCCAUUGCAGUUCACCCGAUGUUGCUCCCGUCCCGUGCGUCCCGGGGAGGCUGUCCUUGGUCCGAGGCUGCUCGUUGCAGCCCCUCCCCUGCUGGCGGUUACGAUGCGUGGGGUCCCCCUCCCCGCCCAGCCCCGGCCACGUCGCCGUGUCCCGCCUGUGCCUGUGACGUCCCUGUGGACCUGUGAGCCGUCCCCCCCUUAUCUCUGCUCUGAAUACUGCAUGAAGCAUUAAACGUGCAAUGAAGUA